AUGUUUCCGCCGGCGGGCAAGCGCUGUUUUACCAUCGAGUCCUUGGUUGCAAAGGAGAGUCCUCUAACUGCGGAGGAUCCCAUCCGACCUACUGCGCUGAGCUACUCGAACCCUACAGAUGCGUUUAUGAACGGCUACCAGGGCCCCGCGGGGCGGUCUCUGUACCCGAACCCGGAGUUGGUCUUCCCAGAGACAGUUAACCACCCGUCAUUGACUGUUCACCCUCACCAACUCGGAGGUUCGCAUCUGCAACACCCCCACUCGUUUUUUGGAACACAGCACCGUGACCCGCUAAAUUUUUAUCCCUGGGUUUUGCGGAACAGGUUUUUCGGACACAGAUUUCAAGGAAAUGAGGUUUCCCAGGACAGCCUACUCCUCCACGGCCCGUUCGCCCGGAAGCCCAAGCGGAUCCGGACGGCUUUCUCCCCGUCGCAGCUCCUGCGGCUGGAAAGAGCCUUUGAGAAGAACCAUUACGUUGUGGGCGCCGAGAGGAAGCAGCUAGCCAACAGCCUCAGCCUAUCGGAAACUCAGGUAAAGGUGUGGUUCCAGAACAGACGGACAAAGUACAAGCGUCAGAAGCUGGAGGAGGAGGGCCCAGAGAACCAGCAGAAGAAGAAGGGGAACCACCACAUCAACAGGUGGAGGAUUGCCACAAAGCAGGCCAGCUCGGAAGACAUCGACGUCACGUCAGACGACUAA